ACAUGGCCGCCGUGGUGGAGGCGUCUUCUUCUGGCAGGGAUGUUCUUGCAGAAGGACUGCUGGAUCUCCUCAGCCCUGCAGUCCAGCAGCUGGACGUGCAUGUGCACUCGGUCAGAGAAAGUCAAGUGGAAUUAAGAGAGCAUAUCGACAACUUGGCCACGGAGUUGUGCCGGAUAAAUGAACACCAGAAGGUGGCGCUGGACCUGGACCCUUACGUGAAGAAGCUGCUGAACGCCAGGCGCCGAGUGGUUCUGGUGAACAACAUCCUCCAGAACGCUCAGGAACGUCUGAGGAGACUCAACCACAAUGUCGCCAAGGAAACGGCCCGAAGAAAGACCAUGUUGGAGGCGUCAGGGGUCUUCACCAACCGCUCCCCCAGUAAACCGUGACCCCCCCCCGCCGCCAUCAUGAGGACCAACAACAGCAGUACAGGAAAUGGAAACUACAAGAGCCUCCUGGGAGAUUCCUCUUGUCACAUGACCUGCUCCUCUUCUCUGAUUUUGUAAUAAAAUGAUGAAUCCCUCAGA